UAGCCACUAUCACAGCAGAGCAAUAUUCUGGAUUAGUGUUGGGCCAAGGCUUCAUCAAAACCAUUUUGGGGCAGUGGCAAACUUUUCGGGCCAAUCUCCAUAAAACGUGUACGGGUGGUGAUCAUGAAUUCUGGAUCGGUGAAUUUGAGUUAAUCGAAAAGGAAAACGAAGCAGACUAUUUGCAAUUUGAAAACAAACCAUCAGCACAAGCAGACUGUAAUGAACUGAAAGCUCCAAAGAGAAAUGGGUGACGCUUUGUUUGAGCUGGAGAACAAUCUCAGGUCCAAACAGGCGAAGUUGACGCCUGAAGAAGUAAGGGUUCUUUCAGAUUGCAAGUCUAAGGCGAUGAGGGAGUUCACAUUCGGAGGUCUUGCAGCUGGUGUUGUAGCCUGGACAGCAUCAUCAAAGCUCAGUAAGAUGAUCCGACUUAACCUUUCGGGAGGAGCUGCUGCGAUGUUUGGACUGUGGAGAUUUUCUAGAGCCUUAGAUUCAUGUGUGGAACAUAUUCUUGCACUGGAUGGGAGUCCGAUGCAGGCAGAGUUGGCAACUAUAAUGGUGACAAAACAUCAGAACGAUCGUCAGAGGAUGCAGCUUAUCUCUAAGCAGUUCUAUUGUGAGGAGGUUUUUGAUGAUUCAACCUCGGAACGCCCAAAAAUAAGGUGGCGUUAUCGGAAUUACUUUAGUGAUAAUAUUGCUCAUGGUCAAAGAACACAUGACAGCAACUCUCAAUCUGAUUCAGACACUGUCUCCCAUGGUGACUAUCACAAUUCCUUUGAUGGUGAUUCCCAAGACACCCAAAGUGACACCCAGAAUGACUUUAACAAAAGACGGAUCAAUUUUGACCCUAGACGAGUUCCUAUGAACUCCAGUGUUGGUGCAACGGCAGACCCUUUUGAAUAUAUCUUCGGUUAUCCAGCACCAAAGGAGGAGCUUCAUCUUCCAGACACCUCGAGUCUUUCCCCGAAAGCACAGGCUCGUAACCGUAGACGAUCUCACCGCAAGCGUCGUACGCAUCAUCAGGAAGACGUAUCAGACCUCCAACAUGUGUAGCUGUGAGUUGAAUAUGAUUGACCAUUGGAGAAGAUCACUGCAAAGAAUUCUGAAAUACUUUUAUCUAAUGUUUUAUCACUUUUAUGAGCUUGAAAACCUUUACAAUGUAGGGUAUCUGCUUGAAUUACAAUAGUAUCAGGCGAGCUAAAUCAGUUCCUUUCUGCUGCCGUGAAGUUAUUGAUGAAUCAAUGGUUGAUUUACAUUCAAGCUCUUCAGACUUCAAUAAGAUUAGUGGAAAGCUAGUAGUGAUUAUUUUGCA